AUGUCCACACCAAGGGCGCGAAUGAGAAGCGAGCGCGAGGCAAAGAUAUCAGAUGUCAAUAAGCCAGUGAUUGGGCUUCGGCCCCUCAAGGAAAGGAACAAGCGAUCAGAGGCUAUGAUCGAGGAACAGGUAGAUAAAUUUAAAGUAUAUACUCAAAUGUUCUUGAUUGGCAUGGAGGGAAAUUUCUAUGCUUGAAUAAUGCAUCCCAUGGUUCAAAUUGUGGGGUUUUUGGGCCGUAGUCUGUCGAUGGGACUGCCGAGGCUAGUUCAUUUGUCACACUGCACUUGAUUGUUUUGUAUUUUCAAUUCUAUAUAGGACAUAUUAUUAAUAUUAAUUUCAUAUUUUUAUGUAAAUAGUAUCUACUGCAUUGCACAUUGUAUGAGGUCUCUGGCUCUUUUGCACAGCCCCAAAGGCUCUCUUAAUAUUAUUGUUAUUAUUAUUAUUAUUAUUAUUAUUAUUAUUAUUAUUAUUAUUAUUAUUAUUUAUUAGUAUUGUUUGUUACCACCAAAUUGUAAUAAACAAUUUGACCUUCAUGUAUUACCAUGCCCCCCAUCCCCCUUCUGCCCCCCACUGGCAUACAGUUUCCCUGGGGAUUUGCAGAAAUUCCACACUGAUGAGAUAGUACUUCUGAUUGGUCAUGCUGCAUGUGAAAUUUGCUUCAACCAAUCAAAAGCACUAUCCAGGGUAUAGGUAGUGACACAUUAUUUAGUAAUGGUAUGUCUGUGCUCAUUCCUCAGACGUCAUUUUGCAGGGAAACUAGGCUACCAGUACAUGUACAUAUAUCAAGCCUUCUGAUAUUUCACGUGGUGACAGACCCACAAAAUUCAGUUAAAUCGGAGAAAUUGUGCAAAAUUCAGAAAAACAUGCAAAAUACCGCAAACGUCGGAAGAAAUCUUAUCUAAUACAUGUCUGCACAGCAUUUUUUAAACUUAUCUCAGCUAUUGGGGCUAUUUACUUGCUGUAAAGUUGCAAAUUUUUCUUGAAAUGUCAUUACUGAAAUGUGCAAACAACGUCCCGAAACUACCAGGUGUAGAUUAUGUUGCGAAAUACUGGGCACUAGCCAUGAUGUUAAAGGCUUUGCCAUUGGUUCAUUUCUGGAGCGUAUUGUUGUUGAAAGAGCAAAAUAAUGAUGACCUCUGUUAGAAAAACGAUAAAUCCCCCCUUUUUUUUACAGAUUGCUUUUUGGCAAAGUUUGCCACGAAAAUUCCCGUGAAAUUCCCGCAAAAUCGGCUGAUUUUUCCACGAAUUUGUCCGUAAAAAUCCCACAAAAUUCGACUUUUCUUCCGCAACCUAUCAGAAGCCUUGAUACAUGUAUAUCUAAGUAAAGGUGGGGAAGGGUUUGGGUAACUGUAGCUCAUUCAGGUGUGAUUGUUUGAUUGUUGUAUGUGUAAACCAUUCAACAAUGUGGCUAAAGAAAAGCUAAGCAGGUUUUCUAUUAUUCACGCUGACUUGAUCUGUACAUUCAAAAUUAUUCCAUGGCUUUGUUUUCCAGAGCAAUUUUGAGCUGUUGGGAAGUUCUUUUCCAACUGGUGAAAUAAGCUGGUGGGCUGCUGUUAGUGAUAUUUCUGACCACAGCCAGUGCAAUUUUAUACAGACAUGUUUUUCCACUAGUGUAUGUGUGCAUGUAUUUUUUAGAGACUUACAUUGUAAAUGCAUUUUAUUAGUUUUAAUCAUUUUCCUUGUCUUUGUAGUUGUUGUUAAUGAGGGAAACUCAGAAUGUUUUGUACAGAACUCUAGAGAACCUUGAAAAAGCUUUAACUGAGGUAAGAUAAAGGACAAGAUUUGCUUGUCACCUUUAAGUUUUUAUGACCAUUUAAUUGCAUAGAUGCCCACUCCCCAAGAUCUCAAGUUUAGAAAUUUUGCCAUUUCUGUUCCUGAUAAAAUAUUAUCCAAUGAGCACUCAGUGGGAACAAACGUUGUCCAAAGGGUUGACAUAUUUGGAAAGUGAAGCUUUCUGAUCAAGGAACGAAGUGCCAAGAAGAAAAAGAGGCAAGGUAUGAAACUAAGUACCACGUGACUUGUUCAGGGUGGACCACAGCUUACCCUGAUGAUGGAAAAGGAAGUCAGAGUUUGCUGUUGCGCUGAGCAUAGCAGGAAAUCAUGACAUUUACAGGCAAAAAAACCUUAUGUAUAGUUUUUUAGGUCCAGACAUUUUGAAGAAAACUGAAGAAACUGCAAUUUUUAUCUAGCCGCAAUAACAAGCACAGGAAAUAAAUGUAAUAAUCAAUAUGCUUAAAACAGAGCAGUUUCAUGACCUCUCAAAGUGAGACUAGCAGCUUAAAGUUUAGAAUGCUCCAUGCGCUGUGUAAUCCACUUGCUGGAAAGAAAGAAAGAAUAUAUUUGUUGUUUGAGCAAACUCUAAGGUCAUGUUUCACAUAAUCAUGAUCUUAUGAGUCCUGUUUGGCCUGUCAACACUGCAUUUCUUAUUAUUGUUUUGGAUUUGUUUUGUAACUGAUGGCAUAAUUCCGUCACCAGUAUCUCCGGUCCACAUUAUACAGAAGCGAGCAUUUGAUGCUGAAAAAUGUGCCCCUGGAAAGGCUGUUGAAAUGAAAUCAAUGCUCAAAUUUUCUCUGAAAGUGAAAAAAGAACGUUCUUUGGGUAUCAGCUGUGGAAAAUGACGCCAAUUUAUCCGGGGACUGACGAUUUAUGGCAGGCUGGAAAUUGGCCUUAAUUAGUUUAAUCCCUUGUCUCUUUAUAGCUGCUCUUAUUCAUCCAUGCACAGUCUUUACCUUCAGCAGUUUUCCAGAGCGUUGGUUAAUAUUUUACCAGGUUUAUAAGAUCGAAUGAUGGUUUGCUUGAUUCAACAGUAUAAAAACAAAGGCGAUGCCCGGUAUCAGGCUAUCAACUGUAAAAUUUAACUACAAUCAACAAUCAAGGUCACAAUUAACUCCUCUGUGCCCUGUGACUCUGACUGGACCACCAACCUGGGCCUUUAGUAAACUUCUAAAAACUUAAUGCUGCUGUGAUGAAAUGUAUUUAUCAUAGGUUAUGUAACCUUUUCUUUGGGGUGUUACAUGGUAUGCUGUUCUGUUGCUUCAUUAGCGGUAGGCUAUAUAUAUUCGAGUUGUUCUCAUUUAUAUUCAUUCGCGUCUUACGACCGUCCCUACACCCUCAAAAUUAAAUACCCAGUGACCAGGGGUUUCUCUUAGACGUAGUUUUUUACAUGCUGCUAUAUGAAAGGUUUAGCACGUUUUGUAUGUUUACUGAAUCAUUAUUAUACAAGCAUAGUUUAGAUCAUUUUGUAGGGUUGUUUUUCUUGCUGUAAUUUUUUACAUUUCUGUGUUUUCAUUCUGUUUGUUGUUUAAAGAGGGUCGCACACGGCUCGUGUUGACACACCCCAAUUGAGGUUGCUUGUUACAUGAUAAAUGUUUUAUAUUCGUUUGAGCGGGGUAGCGAAUUAGAAUAUAAAGGCUUUUCACAGUUCAUGUGAUUGCAACUUUGGGCCAUGGUGUGAAGUCACUGGCCUUGUCUCCUCUGGAUUUACAUGUUACUUCUUGUAGAAGAACAGGCCCAUGGUAUUCUUUGAACAGGGUCAGAGACGUAUAAUGUAGACCCUGGUGUUAUGGCUUAUCUGACUUGUGCCAUCAUUUGUCUUGAGUUGGGUGGAGAGUGUGUCUUUAUAUUAUUAUGCUAACACAAUUAUCGAACAUGGCACCCAUUAUUAUCACCAGUAAUCAAAAGUCAAAACUUAUCUUUUGAUCAAAGGUAUUUUCAUUUAUUGCCAUUUUCAUGAUAAUCAUACAAUGUACUUUCUUUUUUUAUAAUAACUAUUAUUAUCAUCUUCAAAAAUGUUUUUUUAGGAUGAAUUUCUAAGGGGAGAGAAGGAAUUGCAGCAACUAUUUGACAAAAGCGAGGAGUUACUUGUUAUUGUGCAGGUACUAUUAGAAGCUGUCUAAUGCGUAUAAAUCUCAGCUGCUCAAGUAAAAAUUUUGGAUUUGCAUAAUACAUGUAUCAUAUUGUUUUGGAAAAGAAACCAUAAACUCUUUAAUCCUAGACAGAGUUAUAGUAAAUUGACCAUUUCUUCAUUCUAAAUUUCAAGUUGUGAAGAAAAACCUAUAGUCCAUUUUACCAUAUAAACCUCUUUGAUGCAACUAUUUGCAUCGUACCAUUUAUUGUGGAUUUUAAUACCGCUUGGCCACUGUUUGAAGUGAAAGGGUUUCCUAGUUAACUUGGUUUUAGUAUGUUUUUCAGGUUUAAACAAGCAUUCCACUUUUGAAUCUCCAGCUUCCUUUAAACAGUGUUAAGUACAUUUUGUCCAUGACUGUUAUAGCUUAUGAUUCAGUGAAAAAAAAAAUUAAUGUAUGGUGUCCUUUUUCAGGUGUUAAUGAAAAUUCGAAAUGAACUUGCGCAUGCCCGGAUGGAUCUAGAACGGGCCAUAAGAGGAAACUGUGGGGUAAUAUUAUCUACAUGUAUUUAAAAGUAUUUGUACAUGUUGUCAUUGAACCUUGAUUUUAGAUGGUCAUGUAGUUGUUUUUGUUUAGUAACAGGACUGGCACACAAUCAAGGAGAACAUUUUAAAUACAAAUACACAGUUUACACAUGUAAUAAUAAUUAUUAUUUUAUUACUACCAUAUGCAGGUUGAUGCUGCCAAAAAAAGAGUAAAAUGGCUUCAAGAUAGGCUGGAAAAAGUUCUACUUACAGCCAAAAGUUACUGUCACUUGUAUAACAGAUCUUUACUGAGAAGCAAGGUACAGUUCCCAGUACCUGUAGCUAAUUUGAGUCUUUUCAUGGGUAAAUACAACAUGUAGGUAGGGAAUCAAACAGCUAGGGAUUUAUUUUGGUUUAAUUUUUCUUCUGUUUUCCUAUGAAAGUAGCCAGGGGCCAUGUUCGUUUUAGUAGCUGGGGGAAAUCCCCAGCUCCCGGCUCUUGAUGACAGCCCUACAUGAGCAGUCCAGAUCACAUUUACUGUAGAUGGUAGUGUAAUCAGACAAUGUUUAUGUUAAGCCCAGUGCAAACAGAUGCAACAUUUUUGGAUGUUACAUGUUGAGUCCGUUUGCCAACGUUUAGAGCUUUGUGCAAACGGAAGCAACAACUCCCAACAUCGUUGGGCCAACAAUUUUGGGAGUUGUUGUGUCCAUUUGCUCAUAGCUUUACAUGUCAAAAUUAAUUUGAGCUCAGGUUAAAAUUUUAUAACCUACUGUACAACAUGUAGGUUGAUUCUCACUUUCCACUGUCUUCUAGGGCAAGCUAGGAGAUAAAGAAAAUUGAAAAUCAACCUAUACUACAGUUAAUAGGGUAUAAAAUCAAAAUUAACCUGAAGUCAAAUUUGACUUGUAACAUUGUGUUUAAAUGAUGACUGUAAUGUUGUUUAAAUUGGAUUCUCUACAUUUUAUAAAUUUAUGUUAAGUCAUUUUUAAUUUUGAUAAGAGUUUACUUUAUAACAAUUUCUUUUCAACUUCAGACACCUCAGUCUGGCUUAAAGGAUCAAAUUUCUGAAAAGAUUUGGAAUAAACUUUCUGAAGGCCAACAGCAACUGUUGCUUGAAAGUGAGGAAAAGAACAAACCUAGUAUUGUGGAUGACAACCAGGCCCUGCCAAUUGUGAAGGAAAUUACAAAGAUGCAGUUGCCACAGACUGAUUCAGCAGGUAAUUGAUGUCCUGUUCAGCUGUUUUGUAGAUCUUGGGCAUUUUAGUCAAUGCCACUCAAACAUAUAACUACAUGUUCACUAUCCUUCAUUUACUGACAUUUAUCCUCCACUUCAAUCCUGAAAAUACCCAAACCUAUUGCUACAGCAGAAGGAGGACUCAGUGACAACAAUAAAUGGGAGAGAGGGGGAAAUCUUUUGUAAAGCAAGAAUAAUUCCCUCUCUGAGGUGCAUACCAGAAAACCUAUUUUUACAAAAGUGUCUUUAACUUAUUUGGCAACUUGUCGUAGCUAGGUGCAUAUGUUACCGGUCAAAAUUAAAUUUUAUAGCUAAUAGGUUAGAAUAAUGUUUUUAACCUACAGUACAAAUGUCAGACAAAAAUAGUUGAGACACUUCCAACUUCUGGCCCAUCUCCUUGUCCUCCCAAUUAACAAUCGAAUGAGGCUGAGUAUCAUCUGAACAAUUUUAUGGAAAUCGAGGGUGGUGUUUAAUACGGCCUUGGUGGAUAAUACCAACUGAGAUCUCCAUAAUUCUUCAGAUGAAAUGAAAGUCAAAUUCAAUAAUAAUUAUUGAAUUCAGCUUUAUUAUUUAGUCAAAAUAGUUUUAGUUUAAAAACAAGCUAUUAAACAUGCUUACCUCCAUCGAUGUUAAGUUCAUCUUCGAUAGUGCAUGUUUAUCGGCAAAUUUAGGAGAUAAAGGGUUGUUCAGGUCUGCAAAAAUUGUCAAUAUUUUUUCUGUACCCUGUAGCGGAUGUCGUCCAUCGAGUUGUGUUCUUACUGUUCUUGCUAUGUUUUAGUCAAUAGUUGGCCCACUUCUUCCUUGUGAAACAAGUGAAACAUUCUGCCAUUUUUUAGUCACAACCAAAACAACUCAUCCUUGUCGCCAGGUCUUCUUGGUUAACGGUUCGAUAUUCUGGCAAAUUUGCUGCAAAUUUUGUGCGUUUACUUAUGUACUAUACUCUGUAAUUUUAGAGGCUCUAACAGUGGAGAGUGAGAACAGAAAUACAGAAUUUAAGGACAAAGAGUCAGGUGUCUCGGUAUUCAUUACAGACGCAAUACAACAGGGACAUGGUAUUGGACCUACCACACAAAACAGGUGAAAUUUCAGACAUUUUCUGUUAGUUACCAUUAAGUCUAAAAAACUUUGUUGAUUGUACAAAGUAGGGUGUGUGCAAUUGAGCCAUGCAAAUAAUUAUAGUUGAAUUUUAGAACCCUUUUUAUGGACAUGAAACUGUAGUUUUAACUUCUGUUUUGUGUUAUAAUUAUAUGAGUUAAAAAUCUUUGCAGUCACGAAUAAAAAUUUUACUCCAAAUAAUGAGAGACCGUUGAAUUCUUAAUGGUGACCAGAUUCACAAAUUGGAAAAGUUUUUGCCUAAAAGAAGUAUACUAGUGCAUGUAGAUCAACUUACACUUACAGUAAUUGUUGUUCGACAGAAAACAGAGAAAAAGAUCAGAUGCCUCCAAGCCCUCUAGUGAUAAUUUAGGCUCCGACAGAAUGAUAGAACUGUUUCCUCCAACCAGUGCCCGUGAUCGUCAUUCUGACCAAGAAUCAGUCACCACUGCUGAACCUCAGUCAGAGCCAGAAGACUUUGAUGAUCACAGAUCUGAAUCCAUUGUGAGUUCAAUGGGUGUUCAUGAAGCAGAUGGGACUGAACAAGAUACAAGGAGUGUUCCAACACUGGAAGUAACUACUCCUUCUGAAGCAGAUGACGGAACAAGUAAAGGUACAUAGUUUUAUUGUGGAUUUCUAAAUACAGUGGAACCCCAUUACAGUACUAUACAGUUGUGUAUGCUUGGCCUGUGAAAUCCUGGUUGUAGUUUAAAGGGGUUGUAUAACAAGGUUUUUACAAAGGAAAAGGCUAAGCAUUCUUUAACAAACUCAACUCUCAAAUGAAUGUUUGGACUGAGCUGAAAUUCAACCUAUACUUUGCGGGAGGGGCUAGAACUAACAAGCCUGUGAAUGAGCUCUCCAUUUUAAUAAUAAUAAUGAUGAUAAUAAUAAUAAUAAUAAUACUUUAUUAUCCUGUCCCCUUAUGGGGCUUUUCAGGGAUAAUGAAACAAAUAAUUCAAAUUGAACAUAACAUGGUUAAACAUCCCAACUGGUAUGAGGUAAACCAGCUGGCUAUUUUUACAAGUGUGGUCAAGGACUUGAACUCAGGACUACUGUGUACAAAUCCAGCUGGUGGUCAGGAUGGGACUUGAACCCUGGGUCUCCGAAUUACAAGUCCAGUGUUCUAACCACUCGGCCAUGCUGCCACUGUAAUUUUGAGUGGUGAUCAAAGUGUGCGGCAACUGAGAUCAUGCGAUUUAGUGUUUUUGUCAUUUGUGGUGAAGGAAAGGAGUUCAAGCUCAUAGCUCGCUGAUGACGUCCUACAAUAACCCCCUCCACCCCAGAUGAAGAGCUUGAUCACAUGCUAAGUACUUGCCAAGUCAUGAACCCAGUCUACCCUCUAGGGCUCUAUUACUAGCCCCUGUUUAGGAAUGAUUUUGCCUGUGCUCCUUCUGUGGGAUGUUCUAGACUUGAGAAAACCACAGAAGUCAAGCAUAACUCUCAGCUGUCCCUGAUCUCCCAAACAAGUGAUCAUGAACUCUCGCUGUCUUUGUGAGGUGGACUUGAGGGUGGAAUCAGGAUUAGCGAAACUUAAGACAUUUUAACAAAUAUAAUUUUUUAAACCAGAGAAUAUAAACAAAACCAUUUAGAUUGAUUUUGUAAAGGAAACAUGUCCUUGUGAUUCCUUCCAGGCCCAGAGCACUCUGAAGAUGUAACUGCAGCUUCAAAAAUGAAUGCAGUAGAGGAGGAAGAUGAUGUUUUCGUUGAUACUGAUGAUGAGGAUAAGGUUGAAGCAUACUGGGGUUCAGAUCAUCACAAGUUUGAGUGGUCGGAUUAUAUGCAAAGCCUGGAUCCACGUUCAUGGCAUGCCCUUGGACUCGGUAUCCCUGAAAGCUUCUUAUCUAAAGGUUGGUAUUAAUUCAACCUUUGCAGGUACACCUUUUUUGUGUUAAAAGAAUAAGCAUCCCAGAUUUGAUUUGCACGGCAAUAUUUUAAGAUCAAGUAAGAUUGACUGUUUGCUAAGAACUCCCACUACAGCUGGACUUAUUAACCAGCCAAUGUUUUGCAACCACAAAAACACUCUUGUUGUCUUACAGUUUAUCAUCAUGUUUGCAAUAGAGUUUGUGCUUGCCGUGAUUCUCUAUAAUCUUGAUGUGUAGCUAUUAGCUAGAUUGGAUUUAUAAUAUAUAAUAAUCAUGUCAUUCAUUAUGUCUGAUGACAAGUUGCCUUUGUUUGCUGCAAAAACUAUAUAGGGCAUAUUAAGACAAACUAGAAACAGAUAUUCAGUAGCUCAUUGUGUGGAUUGAUGGAUGCACUAGAUAUUAAUUUUAUUUCAAUCAAGAUGGUUGGGUAUUUUACAGAGAUCUUCCUGUAUCUGGUGAAUAAUAUUUUUCAAAAUGAAAUUUUUUCCUGUUCAGAAAAAACACAUUUUGACCCAGAUUUACCUUGGAAAGAGAAGCCAAUGAAAGUCAAUAGUGUCAUUGAUGUACAUGUAAGUAUUUGUAAGAAAGUUGUAAAUCGUCUGAGUCUCAAAGUACUUCUCAUUUGCAGCCUGCACCAAACAUACACUAUGAAUGAAACUAAUAAUGUUACAAAGGCUAUUACUUGUUUUUUUUAUCACUAGCGUGGGAAGCAGCCAGCUUGGCUUUUCGUGACACCUCUGUUGGUUUCUCCUCAAAAUGACGUCUGAGGAACGACCCCACUAAUUCCAUAGUGGUGAUGCAUCACUACCCACAUCUAACCUGCGAGCAAGCUCUCUGGGGCACUCUGACGGUGGGGCGGGAAAAGGAAGGAGAGCUUGCAACUACGUCUCUGGAAUUUAAAUUUCACCUCCAAUCGCCCUGUGGCUCCCCAUCAUCUAAGGAGUCAGAUUUCCACCAAUCAGCGCAAAACGGAAAUGAGUGCAAAUGUAAACGAACAUUGAAAAGCAAGUGCCAAGGGUAAUGAUGUCAUUACUAAUGUCAUCUCCGCCAAUUAGCAUUUCGCAUUGACUUUUCCGAGGCAGGUAUUCAGAGAGAUAAAGUUGCAUUUUAGCCCUCCUUCCUUUUCCCACCCCGUCACCAGAGCGUCCCGGAGAGCUUGCUUGUAGGCUAACCCACAUCUGGGUAGUGCUUCUGAUUGGCUAAAAAUUUGCUUCAUCCAAUCAGAAAACCUACAUGUACCAGAUCUUAGUAGUGAUGCAUCACCAAUAUGAAAUUUCUGCCUCUUUGCCCAGACGUCAUUUCGCAAGGAAACCUGUGGUUGGCGUUAUAAAAUGUCAACUGUUUCCGUAGGCUAUUUUAUCACUUUUGAUACAUUACUUUCUUUUGCCCCGUUUACAGAUACAUAAGUACGACAAUGGUAAAAUUUACGAUGUGUGAAAUGAUCAUGAUUACUUUUUUGUUUGGCAGAAAAUUGCUUUGGAUAAACUACUGGUGAGACUUCACAAGAUGUAUGAUGCUAUAGGCCAAGCAACACAAACAACGAUUGAUCCAGCUACAAAAGUUGAGAAAAUAGAAACAGUCAUGGGAAAGCUGGAAUGUAAGAGCUGUUGUACAUUUUAAAAUAAACCAGUAGCUUUUUCAUUAGCGGUAAUUUUCUUGAGGUUCAGUUUUAUUGAAGGGGUAAGAUCAUUACUUUUCAAGCAAAAUUGUCACUUGCUCUCUUUUUUAACCAAUGCAACCACCCAAAAUUAUGAGAUUAUGAAAGGUAACUUCUUUGCAGCGUGCAAAGAAAGUAGUGUCCGAUAGCCCGGGGCUAGUGGAUUUUGCUAUCGGGCUAGUGAAUUCUGUUUUUAACUUGCCCGUCAACAGAAGAGAAGAACUGUGAAAUCAAUUCUGCUAGUCAAAAAGUUUUGGGGGCUAGUUAAAAUGACGUCUGGGCUAGUAAAUGCUAGCUUCAGCUUGCCCGAAUGGCAAGCUGUAAAAAUGAGUUUCUUUGCACCCUGCUUUGUGAAAAAGCUAUGCUGAACUGCAGUAAUUUCCAAGAUAGCAAAUGGUUCAGUGUCAUUAAAUUAUGUUUCAUUUUGUGCUUCUAGUUGAGUGGUUAGUUUUCUUUGGUGAAAUAAUGGCCGAACGCAAUUGGUGAGUUAAUAACGAAAUGUCAAAAUCUUUUUCUUUGUUUUAGUGGAAGUGGAAGGGCCAGGUUCAGUUACAGAGAAACAACAGGUACUUAACUAGCACAUUAUUUUUUUAGAGUCCCGCGCUACGGACACCAGCUCGCGGACAAGUUUCUUUGUCCCGAGAAAGAGCUCAAAUAAUUCAGGAUUUUAUCCUUCUGCCGUCUUAUUAAGGAUAUAACACGCCUUUUUAAAUGUUACUUCUUUGGUUUCGUCAGGGUACACAACCAUCGAUAUCAAAACAAGCCAGCCGUGUUAGUUUGCCUCGCAUUAGCAGCCCAGUUGGUGGACAGAAAAGUAUAAUGUCCAUGGAGAAGUACCCUGUAACCAUACAUGAACCUUCAGCUGUAAGGACUGCACGGCAGGUAUGUGCCUUAUUUCAUGUCUCCCUUCUCGUCAUCACUGCAGUAAAUAAAAACACUGUUUCACCAACAACUUUGUACGUGCAUCACGCUUGUACGUUUCUUUGCCAUCAUUCUCCGCUUCAGAUUAGGGAGCUUUAGCAACGACGACGGCGACGGCAACGAGUGACGUCAAAAAGGCAUUAGGUUUAUUACGCAAAACAACACCUUUUCACGUGCAUCACGCUUUUUUGUACAUUUCUUCACCGUCCUUGCACGACUACGACGUGAAAAUGCCUAAUUGCAAGUUUUAUGGAGAACGUAAACAAGCGACGACUGAUCUCUUUUUUUCUCUCUAAACUUGAGUGUGGUCCUCAAGAAAUCAACUCUAGGGAAAUUCACCUACACUUGCCAUUUUCAGCAAAUUGGAUUAAACUCGACAAAGAUUGAAAAAACGGGAAUUCAUUUUAAAACUGACGUUUUUCGCUGCCGUUGCCGUCGUCGGUGCUAAAGCUCCCUAAUCUUUUGAGAGAAUGGGUCAAGAUUUGGGCGCAUUGGUUUCUGGGAUCGUUUUGGUGAAAUGACAUACGUUAGUCAACCAUUAACCAAUCACAAGUAACGCUUGUCCACCCAAACGAUUCCAGAAAUCGUUGCGCCGAAGGCUUGUACCCAUUUCCCUUAUAGUAAGUGGUGUGGGGAAUGGCACCACCACGGCGUAAAACUCCCUAAUUUCACUUUUUGUGGAGAACUACUAGAGAGGUUAAGCAUCACGUUUACGUCAAACGGCAAACCCGAAUUUGUACCACGUGACCAAGUUUCCCCAUUACUUAUCGUUUACUGUAUUUUCGUUACUAAAUCAAAUCAAAUCAAAUCAAAUAUUUAUUAUGUAAGGAUACAUAAGAGGAAACGUCAGAGGUUAUCCCUAUCGAGGACGCUCCCUACAUAAAAUAUAAAAUAAAUAUACUACAAUGUAACAUUUAAGAAUAAUUAAGAAAUGGCUAAAAAAAUUUACAAAAUUUUACAAAACUUUCCAAGUUUACUUCGAAAAAUGCUGAAAUUAGUACUACCCAUAAAUUAGUAGUUUCGCGCAAUUUUUUAUCCACAAGAAUUGUUUUGAGCUGUUUUUAUAUGCUCAUUUUCUAUUUUGAGAAAUUCUCAACUUGAAUUUGCCCGUAUACGCGAAGCUUAAACUCCCUGGGUUGGUUAUUUAAACGAGGUCAGCUAACUUAGCCUGCAGUUUAAGAAAUCUUUGGACCUCCAGAUCUCUUCUUUAGUGGGUCAAUUUAAGAAAAUAGAAGCUUUUCUAUUCUAGACUAUAAUGCUUGAAUGAAACUGUUCACGACAAAUGGUGCUUAGAUAAAAGCGUUGGGCAAACUGAAGAUGACUUAGAUCGCGGUUUUGUUGAACAAUGGUUAAACUCCGUUUAAAUAAACGGCCCUCUAUUUUCUCAUAUUUUCCUUGCAAUGAACCCAUGAACUGAACCAUUUUGUCAAUGCGAAGUACAAGGGGAUGGGGAAAGCUCGAUUUACCCCCUAUUUAUCGUCUUCCUUCCACUUUGCUUAAUAAUAAAUAAUCGAUUUCCAUCAUUUCCAUUGAACCUUUUUUUAAAAUUUAUUUCAGAAUCGCCAAAAGCUUUAUCCUCAACAAUCAUCUGCCUGGUGUGACGAUCUUGACAGAGGCAACCGGAUGCCAAGAAUUGUGAAAGUAAAAUCAAACCCUAAACUUCACAGAUCGAAAAGUGUAGCGCAGGUUCGUGUCGGCUGCUGGAGCAUAUAAGAGGGAUUUAACCUUAUUUUUAUUUUAUUUUAUUUUUUUUGCUUUUGUUUUUUUGUUGUUUAUUUGUCAGUUUCUGUGAAUUUAGAAGACCCUACGUUGUAUAUUUGGGUUGUAAGAUGGCUUUCUUAACAAUUCGUCUGUUAGUUUAGGCCUCGUUCACUCUUCAUAUUCCGCUGUCCAAUCAUCUUUGUUUUCGAUGGUUUAAAGCAUUUACAACUAAAAAUUAUCGAAGAAGAUUUCAGGAAACCCACGAUGAGCCUGUGCUACUUACAGUCUACUGAUUAAAACAAAUAUUUUCAAAAACGCUGCCCCAAGUAGGAAUUUUUGGUAACGGAAAGUUAAAGUUUUCUAUGCGCGAACAGCAGAAACGUAGUUUUUUGACAACGCUGAAUUACUAAAGUUCGAUCCAUCCAGUCUUUCAUAAAAUGGUCCAGCAAGCACAAGUCAGUUGAAUGGCGGAAAGGAAUAUAAAUACACGUGUUUGAAUGUAAAGCGUUUAACAUAUGAGCCUUCAAAUGUUUUUGUUUUCAAGUAAAAUCAAUUGCACUGACAAUGCUUACAUACGGCCACUGCUUUUACUGAGUAAUUUCUAACUCUUGCCCCAUAGCUGUUUGAAAAAGUGAACCCAAAUAAUAAACCUACUAAAAACAUCGUAAGCCUUAUUUUUUUUUUGCUUUAAUUGAGUACAGCUGUAUGUUUGAAAAAGAAACCUUUUGUCUUAAUUUUCCAGCCAAGAUACUUGCCGAAAAAACAAGACAGUCCAAAAAGUGAGCGUCAACCAACAGAACUGUAAGUGUUAUUUAGAAAUUUAAUUUUCUACUGUUGUGGAGUUGAAGUACAAAGUAUGUGUUAACAACCUUCGGUACAUGUGUUAUUUAUUGACUUCAAAAGUACUUCGGCUUCCCAUUUACAGUGGGGAAACUGAAAAGUCUGAUUGGAAGAACUAGUGGUUUAUGCCAUGUUGUUUGAAAAGCUGCAGAAAAUGUGGGAUGUCGUUUAAGGCGAUCAGUAAUUUUUCCAUUCGUGUUAAACUCCCCAGCGGAUUCAGGUAUAAUAAAUGUGGGACUUACUCACAUCUUCUUGUCUGCUUAACACAAGGUUGCCGACGCUUAAUGUAGGUUUCAAUGUAAUAAGCCGAACUUUACUAGCCUGAGAAAACAACCGACAUUUCUUGACGCCACCCUGGUUUACCCGCAAAAUUCCUACUUCUGAGGAAUGACUUCAGAAAUUGAUAGUGGUACGUCAUCAGUACUGAAUUUCUGCUCUUGUUCCUCAGACGUUAAUUCGCGGGGAAACCACUGGUGACGUCGCGAAAUGCCGGUUGUUUUCUUUGGUCACAUCUUAACCCAUGUUCAAUCAACCAUUUCAGGGAUCUUGCGAAUGAAUCAAUUUGGAAGCCAUCGAUGGUAAUGAAGAUAGUUACUGCUCUGAAAGGUAUUGUUGCUGUUAAGUUUGCCUAUCCUCGUGUCUCAACUAACCAAUCUAAGAUACGCUCUAUCAUUUUCUUACUAAAUGUUGUAUGGCUCUCUGUACAGGAUUCAGUAUGGAAAGAGAACAGAGCUUGUUAGAUCGUGAUGGCCCAAAAUGGAAAAGAAUCCAGGUACUGUCAGAUUAAUACCAUUUGUCGAAUAGAAAAAACAACCCGUUGUGUUUAAGCUACCUCUCUUUAGCCGCGAAAAAAGUGGUCGCCUAUUGUAGGUUGUGCGUAAGUAGAAGUGGACGUUCAUUUUUCGAUCGCUCCCACAGCGAGAGAAAAAUGAGAGGAAUGAUUCUCUCUCCUUCUUGUCAUUUUCCUCUCGAUGUGAGAGGCCUUUUCAGGAAGGGAAGCUGUAUCUUCAAAGAUACCAAUAGCCACGGGAGAGACACUGGUAACUAGUAACCAGUCCUGCAGAGAUAUUGAAGGCUUUUAUAAAUUUGCAGUAAUGCUGUAAGCGUUUCUUUAUUUCUCGAAGUAAAUUUUUUUCAGAUUCUGCUAGGUGAAGGAGGAAUUUUGUCAUCAAAUUCAACAAUAGCUGCAGAAGCUGCGAAGGUUAGCAAUAACCUUUGACUUAUGUAAUACUUUCACUCAGAUUUGUCUGUCGCUCGAGUCACAGGUGACCCAAGAACGUUGUAAGAGUGGGAAACCCGGGUACUAGAAUUGAAUUAAGUUUUUUAAAUGCACAGAUUAGCGAAUUUUUAUCUGCUCGUAAUUUUUUUCCUUUUCUUUUAAAUGUACAAACAAAUUUUACGAGAAAGUGUUAUCAAACUGUGGAUGUCCUGGCGUCUUUGUUGGUUUUUCCACUCGACGUUCUGCAUUAUGCUUUUUAGAUUUCCUAGAGGAAGAAGUUAGGCCCUAGCUUUUAAGUGUGACUUUUGACCUCGGGAUUGGAAUACUGUCCGUUUGUACGGUUUUUGUUUUUACCGCAUUUUUAAAGCGAACUUCGGCGACUUGUCUGAAAUAUAUUCUCCAACCGCAAGUUGUCCCUUUACGUAGUUGUAAUAUUGUUGUCCACAACCUUUAGUUUUGUACUCAAGUGCAUUCUACUUAUGUUAUCAUUAUGUCAACGGCGAAAAAAACACUUUCAGUACAGUCAGGUCUAAUAAAAUAUACUUGCUGAUCUUUUUUCUAGACUAUUGGUCAACUAAAGUGCCAUGAAAAAUGUGUGGUAGAUACACUAAGUCAUGUGGUAAGUACCCACCUUUUCUGUUUAAGCAAAAAUAAAUUAGGGCCUCGAGCUUAGAAAUUUCAGGUGUUUUCCUUGUCUGAUAUUCUUUGUGUGGGUUCUAUAGAUAUUUGUUCUGGUUAAAACUAACCUUCGCUUCGAUUGGCAAGGGUUACAUUCGGCCUAUGUUGUCAUGAAAGCGAUCCCUUCAAGCAGGCUAUAGCUGUUGAGUUUGAUCUUAAUAAGUUUCCGUUGGUCCUGUGUUCAUAUUUAAUUGUUCUUUUUUGCAGAUAAAAUUACAGAGAGAUCCCAAAGUCUGUUACGAAGCCUGCAAAGCAAUGAUCUUGUUAGGUCAGUCCAUCUAUUCAUGCACAUACCUCUUAACUGCUUGGAAUGACACUUGGCGUGUGAUCUAAAGAGCAGCUGAAAAUAAGAAGCCUAGAGGAAUUUAUAUUUGUGGUAAUUUUAUGUUGGAAUAUUUUUCUACAGGGACGUGGGAUCCAUACGCCAUGGGGGUAAUCAGACAGUACAUCAAAAGAGGUAAAUGAUUAAAUCGUCUUGUAACUAAACCUUAAGAUGUACCGCAGCCACCAUUUGCAGGCACAACUCAAAGGAAAAUUAACAAGUAGCGAGAAAUACGGGAAAAUAUGCGACUGAUACUAAGUGCGGAUAAACAUGCGCCUGAUGACAAAUUUGAGUGGAAACGUAAUACAUAUGUUUUUUGCCGGUUGUCAAACAGUUUGAAAAAUAUUUGACGAAAAGUAUCGAGUGGACUUAAAACACCUGGUGCAUGACCUCGCACCAAUCACAUUCCUUCAUCAAUAGUUCUNUUUGAGUGGAAACGUAAUACAUAUGUUUUUUGCCGGUUGUCAAACAGUUUGAAAAAUAUUUGACGAAAAGUAUCGAGUGGACUUAAAACACCUGGUGCAUGACCUCGCACCAAUCACAUUCCUUCAUCAAUAGUUCUGUCGUUUCAUAGAUUUUCUUCCGUAAAAUGCAUUUAGUGUAGCUGUUGUAGCAUCGAACACACUAGGCCGCUGUACGCUAUUCUCCCCAUUUUUGUGCCCAGAACUUGACGGCGAUAAAGAACCACGAGAAGACUGUCAAACGUUUUGUUUGGCAUGGAAUACAUGUACUGGAAGCAGCGUUGUCAUGUCGACAUGUCAUCAGAAGCUACUGUGACUGUGUAAAUGAACAAAAAGGCAUGUGAAAAGCAUAACACAUACAAUAAAAUGAAUAUCUUAAAAGAUGAUGCAUUGUAAGUUUUCCUCGUUUUAUUUCACGUUCUCAAUUCUUGGUCAUCCUCUUUCUUUCUUUUUUUAUCCCAGGAAACAAGGAUAUUGUGCUGGAAUUGUUAUCGACAAUGACGAAAGCAAGAGAUAUAGCAUUUGUUGAUAAGGUAAGGGAUAAUUUUAAAAAAAUUGGUAGAAGAAAGCAAAAAUAUAAAUUUGUUUGAGUGAGGAGCUUGACUUGUACAGUGAAGCCGACCUAUAUUCGUUAAUCUUUGAAAUAACUCCGUUUGCCUUUAUUUAUUUACUUUUUCAAAUUGAUACACGAACUGUGUUUUGGCUUACAUAUUAUUGUGCUCUUUCAGACCACAGCUGAAUUCAAGAAGUUGGUGAAUUUGCUCAUCUUUACAAUAAAAACUCAGUCUCCCGAAAUGGCAUUUCACGCCGCAGUGAGCUUGGGCCGACUAUGCGUGGUAGAACCUGUCUCGAAAUCGUACCUCAUUUCCAGGCUUCCUGGGCUGUCUCCGCACGAAAAAGGAGAGGUGGGUCCCUGUUAUUGUUAAUUUGAAUUAAAAAAAAAAAACACGGUUUAGAGGAAGAAAUUCAAGGAAUUCCAUCACUAUGUGAAGAGACACUGAUAAACCCGGGGCGGGGAGGGCUGCCUGCGGAAAACUUGGACCAGUGAAAAAGGUUAACUGCUUGAAGCCUUAAUCCCAAUUCAAACCAAAAUAUGGAAUCCAGUUUUCCUACCCUGUCUUAUUUCAGGCGUAGCCCAAAAUUCGAUGCCUUACUUUAGGCAAUCAAAUUAACCAAAGUGAGCUUCCUGAGAGAUGAAUAAAAGUGUGCUUCUUUCAAAGACCAUAACCAACUGCAGACUAAUCUGUACCUUAUUUCGGACCAGAGCAGAUGUGUGAUAGACCAUUUCCCUUGUCUACCUGUUACAUUGACUGACUGACUGACUGACUGGUUAAUUCAAUGAUCAUUCACCUCCAGGCACUUUACGUUUUGAUCAAACAAAUGAACUGCAAGGACAGACUUGUUAUAGAUGCUUUACUAGAACAACUGAGUUCUGCUUAUAACUGGAAGGUAAGACUUUUAUUUUGGCUACUUAUUUGCUCUGGAAAGUGUAUCUCAUUUUUCUACUCUUGUAGAGGCUAACAAGAUACUUAUAAUCUUUGAAGUGUUACUGGCGGGCGAGUAAGGCAUGCUGUAGAUCCACUGAUCAGCUUUGAUUCGAAAAGGAUCGUUUAAACGCUUUUUCUAACACUCUUUUCCCUUUUUGUCUGUUGAACAGCUAAGAAUGGAAGCAGCAGACUUACUGAUAUUUAUGGGUAUGUACAAGGACGACUUAAUGCUUAUCUUGAUAUGAAAGCCAAAAUAAUACAAAAGGUACAAGCGAACAGACAAAAAAAAAAUAAAAAUAAAACAAAAUUUACCUCAGCCCUUUCUCACGUACAAGUCUUGGCAGCAACGGUGUGCACAUAUGUAAAAACCUACUUGAUCAUAUCUGCAAAAAGAGCAAAGGGAUUGUUUUUUUUCAAACUUUUCGCGUGCUUUUCCGUUCUUUUUUGACGUUGUGUUAUCUUUGGGAAGGUCUCAUUCACACGAACUAAGUAAUGUAAUGUCGUGGAUUAAAGAACAACAGGACGCGUCCUCUUUAAAUUAUAUAUAUUAUUAAAAAUCAUGUUAACAGUAAGCUCGGACGUCAGCAUACAAGGGCGCCAGUGGCAGCCCCUAUCAGUACAUUUAUGAGCUCGCUGUAACCCACCGAUAGCCCAUGAUAUGAAUGGUGUUUGAUAAACAAAUGAAAAAUGCAAGCAGCGGUACACGCACAAGAGAUGUUCACUCUUCCAGUGUAGUACCACAGUGAGAUUCGCACGCGCAUUUUAACAGCCUGCAUCUAAAAAUGGUGGGCAAAAAUUUUUCACCUUGCGUUUGCGUCGUCCUGGUGUACACGUGUUUUAGUGCAAACGCACGCACAAACGCAAGUGCAAGAUUUGAAAAAUACUCCAAUCCUUUGGUCGAUGUUUGCGUUUGCGUUGAAGUAGUUCACUCGCGUUUUUUUUUUUCUACUCUAACACGUUUGCGUCGCUGGUGUGAAUCAGUCGUGAAUCUGUCUUUUGUGUGUUUAUUACAGGAGCCAGAGAUGUGUUUAAGGUUAAAAGUCCCGAUGAAGUGUUUGACACACUAGAAAGAUUGCUGUGGGAUCACGCGAAUAAGGUAUGAAAAUAAUUGAGAAGCUGCGUAUAAUUUCUGCAGUAUGCGAUUUGGUAUUGAAAUUAGCUAAUCAUAUUGUCUGGCUUAAUUUGCGUCCGCCUGAUACAGACUUUUUUUUCCACAAAAGGACCUCCGUCUUUUUUGGUGAAGUUGGUGUCUGUAUAACAAAGGGUAUCAGCUUUAUUUGGCGUCCGCUUAUUUUACGCUUUAUUUACUGUUAUUUUUUUUGCAGGAAUUAAGGAUUAAAGUUUCUGAAGCUCUGUCGUCACUGGAUUUACGACAAAGAGCAAUUCAGUUGGUUCUCCGGUAUGUGAAAAAGUUUUUGUCAUUCAUGAAGCUGUCCGUUUGUCUCAUAUCUGCCCGCUGCAACUUGAUUGAUUUUACACCAAAACGUACUACAUCAGUUUAGAACUGAAGCUCUUUUUAGAGCGAAAUCAAUUCUAGUACUAAACUGUUCAUCGCGUACAUGUUAUAUAAUAAACCAUGAGGUACAAACCAGAGCCGUGUCGCGAAAUUUAUCAAAAUUCAAACAGUGAGAACUGCCACCAGAUUGGGUGAAACUAAAAAAUAACUUCUCAGUACAUGGAAAGAAGGUUGAAAUAACUCAGCAAAUACAAAAGGAAGCACGGAUGAACAAAUCUGAAGAAGAUGGAAACGGAUUCGCUAUUGUGGUUUUUGAAAACUUGAAGACUUUUGUCGUUUGUAACGUUUGAUAUUUUGCUUAGAGGACAUAUUGUUCGACACGAAGCUCUGAUAUUGUUAUUCAGAAGCAAUUUCUCAAGCUCCGUAGCGAAUAGAGACGCGUAAUUGGUAUUAUUGACAAAAUGAACUAGAAAGCCCGAAAGCCGUGAUACAGCAUCUUAAAAUGCUGCUUGGUAAUACUGUUUAACAUUUGAUGAUUGUUGUUGCCUUUUGUGUUUAAUACACCGGAAUGCGGCUUCCUUAAAGCUGUCGUUUAAUGUAUUUAUCUUACAGACAUUGGCUUAUCUAGUGCAAUUUAAAUCAGACAAAUUUCCAUUAGUCAGUUUAAACCAGUCAGGAGUCAGUAAACCAAUACACAGUAGUAACCAGUUGCACGUACGCGUUUCCCGCGUUUUGAUAUAGCAGUCCACGCUUCCUGUCUUGAUUGGUUCAUAGUUUGUUCGUCCGUUCUGAUUGGUUUAGCAUCAUUCAAAGAAAAACUUAGCACUUUAAAAAGCGCAUCAUAAUAUUCUCUCUUUAAUAGACGUCUAGAAGACCCAGCUGAAGAAGUUCGAGCUCGUGCAGUGAUUUCUUUGGUAUGUUGAACAGUAUUCGUAUUAAAGGUUACUCAUAGUCUUUAUAUCGACUCUGUACAUACAUGGCCCCAGUUCCGAUUAGCGCUAACCCGAGUAUAAAUUUUAAUCCUCUUUUUCUUUUGUUCAAAAUCACUUUCUCGGGUAAUGUUCUUUUAACAGCAUCCAAUCAUCAAAUUGUAGACAAAAAGAAUUAAACUGAAUUUUCUUUUUUGAGCGUUUAUAUCUGAAAUCGAGUUUGGCACUAACCCUGGGUUGUCUUGACCUAGCUUCGUAAAAACCGGCCCUGUGCAGGUUUAGGGCAGCUGGCUAAGUUUAUGGUUAAGUUUAUCCGAUAUAAGCGACAUCCUCCGGUAACUCAGGAGUAGUCAGUCGGGUCGGGAAGAAAGCUCUCAACGAACGUUUCCAAGCACGAACGGAAGAGCUUCGUGCUUGGAAACUUUCGUCGUGCCGUUUCUCCCUUCCCGAAGGACUCCUUCUGGGUCUCUGAGGAUGGAUUAGCGCCAACACUGAAACGAGACGGGCAUUAUUGUUCUCUAUUGUUUUAUUGUCUUACGAUACCCAAAAAGACGAUCCUUGUCAAUUCGUUGUAGCUUAGUUCGACUUCGACUGCUCUGGAAUUAAGCGUAAACCUUAACAAAGAAAAAGCUGAAGAGAACUAGAAUGAAAUAUUAAUAGCUAGGAAAAAAAAAACACAUUUCUCCCGGCCAAAACUUUGGACUUUCUAGACGUUUAUUAUUAUAGUCAUUAUUUCCCGCGCCUUGACUGGCCAACGCAUUUUUGUUUCCAGGCCACUCUCGGGAUGAAAGGGGUAAAGGAAAUGAAAGCGCUGCUCGACAUAUUAGAACUGGACUCCAGUGUUUACGACAGAAUUCAGGUAAAGUUAUGUGGAUUAUUUUGGAAAUUCCCUAAAAUUACCAUCAUUUGAAUACGCACACAAAGCCGAUUGAAUUUCGUCUUGCAAAAUUUGCUCUUGAGGUUCGUGGUCUUUAUAAUCAAAAAUCACCACGUUGAAAUACUGCUCAGGUCCUUUAUCCUGUUUUGUGCUGACGCAGCAACUUUAUGCAGUGAAGUUGACACACGUUUGGCGGGUUUUAUCUACCAAAUCAAAAACAACAAAAUUAGUUUUUAGGAUUUGUGCCAUGAUACACAUGUCGAAGAAAAAUGUUCGGAAACACCUUUUCCAGUUUUUUUUUAUCACUAACUGCGAUGUGAAGGUGGUGUAGAAGGUUCUCUCAUUUAUUUUCCAGGUUGUUAGAGCCUUUGGCAACAUGGAAUGGAACGACCCACGAAUUCUUCGAAGUUUAAGAGAGCGAGAAAAGGGCGAGGGCAUACUAGCAGCGUAA